ACUUGUUCCACAUCGAACUAGAAAGAUCUAACCCUCGAUCUGUGAUUCCCCGAUAAAUAUACGUAGAGCUCCAAUAAAUAAACAGAUAUAUUCGCUGUUGAAAUCAAGGCUGAAAACCGCAUCCGCCGGUUUCCACGAGCAGUCAUGAAGGGGCAGCUGCAACCACGCUGAAUAUCGCCGCUACGCUGUUGUCGAACGACAAGUGCCCCCCUCUCUCUCUCUCUCCCUCUCUGCAAAUGAGAAAAAAAUGUCAGCUCUACUUUUCUACACUUUGUUUUAUCUUCUCAUGUCCGGAUGUAUAAUCUAUCCGCCGACGGAGUUUGUCUCGGCGGGACUCACCGUCAAGGACGUCUUUGCCAAUUGGCUCGGCAGCGAGAAUGAGUUUUUCAUACAGUACCACAUCAGGAGAAGCGUAGCCACGUUACUUCUGCAUUCCGCGCUACCUCUGGGCUACGUUCUUGGAUUGCUCUUGUUCGAUCAUCUAGACGCUGGUAAGCUGCUGCUAGCCGAUGGGAAUUAUCUCGGACCGCUAAUCCUCCUUUGCGUGACGAUGGCCCCGCUUUACAUGCUGAACAAGGUCCUCGAGUGGUCCGCGCACAAUUGGGCCACGCAUCCGAUAGCGCAAAACCUAUCCGUGUAUUGCAAUAACAACACGCCGUGGACGUCCGUCGCCUCGGACAUUAACACGGAGUAUCGAAGAAUAGAUAAAAUUGUCAUUGUCACAAAUAGCGUAAUUCGUGUCGUAGCGACGGACAAUUGGGUCAUUAAGAUCACGCCCUAUAAAUUGCAAGUGGCGCAUCAAAGCGACGCGACCCUGGUCGUGAAUAAGAGCGACGUCCACUUCAUGUCGCCCUCGACGAGAGACCAAGUUCAGUUUAUCAAUAUACAGGUGAAACCCAUGCGGGCGAUGGCGCAGGAGUUUGACAUAAGAUUGAACGCGCUGGAUUUCAAGGACUUGCAGGACAAGAUUUCACGGCCGAUCGCCGUACUGCACAACAUCACGUUCCACAGAACCUUGCUCGACAGGUUUAUCGACACUUUCAAAGAAGAGGUCGAUAAAAAUCCGUUCUACGACACUGCUGAGGAGUUGGGUCAAUGUAUCGGAUGCAUGCAAGCGUCGUCGAAUGUUAAGUUGAACAGAUUGUGCAGCAACGCCGAAUCUGGAGACCUGGACGGCUGCACGACGUGUUAUUGCCGUCCAAUGUGGUGUAUAGAAUGCAUGGCAAAAUGGUUUGCCUCGAGACAAGACGAAAAUGCACUGGAAACGUGGCUGUCCUCCAAAUGUACCUGUCCGCUCUGCAGAGCACGAUUCUGCGUUCUAGAUGUGUGUCUUGUGAGAAAUCCUAAUGAUUCUAAUUAAUAUCCAGAUGAUGUGCAUUAUUUUGAAUAAUUCUUAUUUGUAUCAAUUUCUUUUUUAAUACAGUUUUUAAGAGAAAACAUUCAAAGUUUCAUUUGAAUCAUUUUACGUAAACUCAUUUUCACACGCAAACUACGCACGUUGUUCUCAUAAAGUUGACACGUAUGUGCGAAUGAACGGAAAGGUCAAUUUUUUGCGAGAACAAUAACUGUAGAAUAAAAACCAAAUUAAUUUUAUUAUCACAAAACUUUAAUAACCUCGAGCAAUAUUGCCUUUGACAUAUAUAUAAAGAUUACUACAUUUUGGUAUUAACAAAUACUUGCUAGUUCUAAACGUCAGAAACUUGUGAAAAAUUGUUUAUCAAUCUGUUUUAUUGUAUGAUAAUACGGUAUGUAAUCUGUAUAUACACAUUGAUAAGUUGAUAUUUUAUAUAAAAUAAAUUAUUUACAAAC